AUGUUCCAUCUUAUAUUCUUAUAUCUCUUAUCUAAUAUUCAUUUAACAAUUGCUAAUAUUGAAACAUUACAUUUUGAGAGUGCUUGUCUUCAACAAUCUAAUAUAGUACAAUUAAAUCUUCGUUGUUCACAAUAUGAACAUAUACAAAUAAUUCGUAUUAUAUAUGGUUAUACAAAACAACCAUUAUUACAAGAAUGUCAAUUUAGUAUAUAUGAUUGUAUACAAGAAGGUACAAGUCAUAAUAUACUUUCAUGUAAUAAUAAACAAACAUGUUUAAUAAAUUUAACAAAAAAUGAAAUGUUAUCAUCAGCAAUAAGAACAAAUGGUGUAUCAAAUUGUCCAGAUUUUAAUUAUAUACAAGUUAAUUUUGGUUGUAUACCAAAUUCAAAAGAUAUAUGUGAUAAAUGGAAAGAUGAAGGACCAAUAAUUCAUAUAAGUCAUACAUAUUCAAAAGAUCGACAAUAUAAUCGAUGUCAUUGUAAAAUACGUUCAUCAAUAUUAAAUGGACAAGUUUUAUUACAUGCACGUGAAAUAAAUCGACAAUAUGGAAGUUUAAAAUCAUUAAUAUAUCCAAAAUUAUCAAAUAUUGAUUGUAAAAAAACAUCAUAUUUAGAAAUAGCAACAGAUCGUUUUGAAAGAAAAUGUAUGGAUAUAUUACCAUCAACAAGUAAUACAGCUUUAUUUGGUUCUGGUUCACAUAAUUUUACAUUAACAUAUGUUAAAAAUGAUCGUUUUUCUGAAUUAUUUUUUUAUCUUGAAUUAAAAGCAAGUCCUAUAAAAAAAGAUCAUAAUGUACAAAUUAUUUGUAAUUGGAAAAGACGUGAAACAACAACAACAACAACAAUAAGUACAACAGUAAUAAGUACAACAAUACCAAUUACAAAAGAACGUAAAAAAACAACAAUUGAAGUGCAAAAUGGAGCAAAAUUAAGUCGAUUUGAUCUUAUGAGACAUCGACCAGUAACUCAAAAAGUUCAUGAUGAUUAUAUUGAUAGUGAAGAUAAUACAAAUAUUCUAAAUAAUGAAGAAGAAAUAACUAAUCAAGAAGAUGAAGUAGGAGAAGAACAAGAACAAGAACAAGAACAAGAACAAGAACAAGAACAAGAACAGGAAGAAGAAGAAAUUUUAACAACUACAACUGCAAUAACAACAUUAAAAAUUAAAAGAACAAAAAUUAAAAAAAAUUCUACAUCAACUACUGAAAUAACAACAACUACUACAACAAAAACAAUCACAACAUUAUCGGAUGAUGAUGAAGAAUGGUUACGUAUCUUAUCUCUUGCUGAUAUGGAAUCUCAAUCACCAUCAAAACAAUUAAUAUCAAUAAAUAAUCGAACAUUUGUUACUGUAACACAAGCUUCAAUUAUAAAUUUUGAUGAAAAAUUUCAUCAUACAUCAUCAUCAAAUAAACUUCUUAUUAUUCUUCUUGUUAUUAUUUGUUUAACAAUUUUUAUUCUUAUUAUUUAUUGUUUUAAAGUUAAAAAACCUGGUUGUAUUCAACGUUUAAGAACGAAUACAAAUGUUGCUUUUUUAUUUUGUUGUGAAGCUGCAAAACUUUUAUUUUGUUCAUCAAAUGAUUCACGUCAUCAAACAAGAUCAAUAUCAAAUACACCACCAUCACCAACAAUAGGCAAUCGUCGUCAUCAUCGUCGUCAUCGUCAUCAUCAUCAUAAUCGACCUUCAUCAUCCAUGCCUGAUUAUCAAUCAAGUGAAUAUUACAUGGAUGAAACAGGAAAUAAUUGUCGUACAACACAAAGUAUAUAUGAUGGUGGUGGCAAGUCAAUUUAUAGUAUCGAUUAUGAUGAAGAAGAAACAGCAUAUACAGCUAAAUAUGAUCGACAUCAUGAUGGCGGCAGUUGUUAA